AUGGCGGCGGCGGCGACCCAGCAGCAGGUAGAGGCGGCCGGCUUUCUUCUGCUCUUCCCAGAAGAGCCGCGGGAGGCAGCACGCAAGACGCGGACCAAGGACAAGUACCGGGUGGUGUACAGCGACCACCAGCGCCUGGAGCUGGAGAAGGAGUUCCACUACAGCCGCUACAUCACCAUCCGCCGCAAGGCCGAGCUGGCGGCCAACCUGGGGCUCUCCGAGAGGCAGGUGAAGAUCUGGUUCCAGAACCGGCGCGCCAAGGAGCGCAAGCAGGUGAAGAAGCGCGAGGAGCUGCUGCACAAGGAGAAGAUGGAGGCGGUGCAGCAGCUGCACGCCGCGCAGCAGCAGCCGCCCCCGCAGCCGCCCCCGCAACAGCCGCCGCCGCAGCAGCAGCAGCCAGUGCAGGUGCAGGUGCAGGUGCCGCCCCCGCACUGCCACGCGCACGCCCACGCGCUGGCGCCCGUCAUGUGA